AGCGAGGCGCGGGACGUCGGGACAGGAAUGCGGCGCGCAUGCUCCGUGGAGGAGGACGGAGAGGAAGGAAAAGGGGGGGGGGGGGGGGAGAAGGGAGAAUGCGCGCCGCCGGAGGAGGCGCUCCGUCGGCGCGCUCCGCACCUCGCGCGCGCGCGAGGAGAAACAGCUUAGCUUAGCCCGCCGGCGCGUCGGACGGUGCAACAGUCCGUCGUCGUUGUCGCCGUCGUCUUCGCGAGCAGCGACGUGGUAGAGCGCUUUAACCGGCGAAACGAUACGAGCGCGCGCGGGCGUGCGUGCGUCUUCUUUUGUUGUAAGCUUCGGCGGAUGUUAAUUUCGGUCUUUUGUGCCUCCAGCUUCUACUUUGUCUCAAUUUUUUUCUUUCCUGUUUCAUUCGAAAGUCUUCGCUGUUCCUUCUUGUUCUGGACGUCUUCGUCAUUAAUUACGUAUUAGGUAAUAUAGGUGCGCCUUUUUUUUAAUUUGUUAGGCAAGAAGGGAACCUUAAGGUUGUCCGAGGCCGACGAAUAUACCACGGGGGCAGUUUUUCGCAGUCCACAGUCAUAUUAAUUUCUCUUGCACUCCUUUCCAUUCGGUUUACGCCCCCACCGCGUGACCCCCCGAGACGCUUAUGAAAAUUUCUCGCCGGUCCUGCCGAGAGAAAUCGCAGUCUGCCGACGACCCUCCUCAGCGGCGAUUCCGCCACUAACCCGGCUCAACACGUGGCAUCGUUCUGCCAGAUAGGAUGGGGGAAGUCACGAACGGGUCCGCAGAGGUGCCGAGGCAGUUUGCAGGACCUCUGCGACGCUCUCCGGUGCAGCCGCCGUCGCGAGGACCGUAGUCCCAUCUCUCUCUGAGGCGAAAAAAAAAAGGAAAAAAAAAAGCCAGGAACACCGGCGCUCGGCGACUGUUGCUUCGCUAUAGAAAUCGCGCGUCGCCCCCGCGGAAAUGUGGUGGUGCCUGAGGCGAAGCGGAAUUCUCGUCGGUGGCUGGUUCCACUACGCACUGUUGGUCGUCGUGCUGGCGUUGCUGCUGCGUGGACAGGAAGCGGAAACCGCCAAGGGACUUCCGGACAGGAUACCCAUCGGGGCGAUAUUCAUGCCUCGCCAGGAGGAGCUCCGCUACGCCUACGAGCACGCCAUGGAAGUCCACAACCUCAGAGACCCUCUCUUUGGCGUCACCACGCACACCGAAAUUGUUGAAUCCGACGACCCCUACCAGACCUCGAAAAAACUGUGCACAAUAAUGAAGAACGGCACCUUCUCCAUCAUCGCGCCCACCACGGCCACGUCUUACGCCACCCUGGCAUCGUACGCCAACACCUUCCGGAUGCCCUUUGUGAGCCCCGCAUUUCCACAGAUAACGGACGUGAGACCGGCACUGUACGGGAUUAGCCUGCGGCCCCGCUACCUGCCGGCCAUUGUGGAAGUGAUCAAGCACUACCGCUGGAAGAGCAUCCUAUACCUCUACGACUCUGACGAUGGCCUGCUGAAACUGCAGCACCUGUUCCAGCUGACGACAGACCGGUACCACUUGGAGGUGAAGGUUGUCAAGCGCGUGCAGAACGCGUCCGACGUGCACCGCUUUCUGCGACGUCUGGAGGACCGCGACCGCGAGUCGCGCAAGUACGUCGUGCUAGACUGCAGCGCCGACACAACGCGCCAGAUCAUCAUCAGCCACGUGCGCGACCCGUUCAUGGGACGCCGAAACUACCACUUCCUGCUCACCAGCCUCAUUAUGGACGAAUUCCAAAACAAUCCAAGCCUGGAGUUCGGCGCCGUCAACAUCACCGGCUUCCGGCUAGUCCAGAACACAACGCUUCCUUACAAAGAAGUCUUUACAGAGCGCAUCUCCAAGAUUCCUUGGCCAGAUCCCAAGAAGAAGAGAAUAUCGGCCGAUGCGGCUCUCAUGCACGACGGUGCCAAAGUGCUUCUGCACGCGUUCAAGCAGCUCCUGCGAGACUACCCCAGCAUCUUCAGCAAAAACUUCAGGCGCGGCGAGGUCUACAACAACAACACCCGAGGCAUCGACUGCCGCCGCGAGAAGGUCAUGCCCUGGGAACACGGCGAAGAGAUCGCCAAGCGCAUUCGCUCGACGAAGAUCAAAGGGCUGACUGGAAACGUCAGUUUUGACGACCGAGGCUUCCGAGUCAACUACACCAUCGACGUGGUCGAAAUGACAAUAAACAGCGAGAUGGUGAAGAUCGCCGAGUGGUCGGACCUAAAAGGACUCAAGCUUUCGUCGCCCAAGUACCGUCGAGUCUACCAGGACACGGGCUUCGAGAGCAACAAGACCUACAUCGUGACCAGCAUUCUGGAAGAGCCCUAUCUGAUGUACAAGAAGCCCGAGCCGGGCCAGGUGCUGACGGGCAACGACGUGUUCGAGGGCUACUGCAAGGACCUGGCCGACCUCAUCGCCGACAACCUCAAGUUCAACUACACGCUCAAGCUGGUCAACGACUCGAAGUACGGUGGUCAAGACGCCAACUCGCAGGCCGGAUGGAACGGGAUGGUCGGCGAGCUCAUUCGCCAGGAGGCCAACAUGGCGAUCGCGCCUCUGACCAUCACCUCGGCCCGGGAACGGGUGAUCGACUUCACCAAGCCCUUCAUGUCGUUGGGCAUCAGCAUCAUGAUCAAGAAGCCCAUGAAAAAGAAGCCCGGAGUGUUCUCCUUCAUGAACCCGCUGUCGCGAGAGAUCUGGAUGUGCAUCAUAUUCGCCUACGUGGGCGUCUCGGUGGUGCUCUUCCUCGUCAGCCGGUUCUCGCCUCGCGAGUGGCGAUACGAGGAGACCUUCGUGGGGCCCUCGGUGUCCAACGACUUCUCGCUCUACAACAGUCUCUGGUUCUCCCUGGGCGCUUUCAUGCAGCAGGGAUGCGACAUCUGCCCCAGGUCCGUGUCGGGCCGCAUGGUGGGCAGCGUUUGGUGGUUCUUCACGCUCAUCAUCAUCUCAUCGUACACGGCCAAUUUGGCCGCCUUCCUGACCGUCGAGCGGAUGGUGACGCCCAUCAACUCGGCCGACGACCUCGCCAAGCAGACCGAGGUCGAGUACGGCACGCUGUGGUACUCCUCCACGCAAGAAUUCUUCAGGAGGUCAAAAAUCGCAGUCUACGCCCGCAUGUGGGAGUUCAUGAACUCAAACAGCCGGGUGUUUACUUCAUCGUACGAGGAAGGCAUUCGGCGCGUGCGCGAGUCCAAGGGCAAGUACGCCUUCCUCAUGGAGUCCACAAAAAACGACUACAUCAACGAGCGCCAGCCCUGCGACACCAUGAAGGUGGGCGGGAAUCUGGACGCCAAGGGAUACGGGGUGGCCACACCCCUCGGAUCUACACUCAGGGACCGCCUUAACCUGGCCGUGCUGACUUUCAAAGAGAACGGAGACCUGGCGCGCCUCGAAAACAAAUGGUGGUACGAUAGGAGCGAGUGCAAGACGGGCGACAGCAAGGAGUCGACACAGAACGAGUUGACGCUGAGUAACGUCGCCGGAUGCUUCUACAUUCUCAUCGGUGGCCUCGUGCUAGCUAUGGUGGUGGCCCUGCUUGAGUUCUGCUACAAGUCGAGGCUCGAGGCAUCCAGAUCUAAGAUGAGCAUGUACGACGCCAUGAAGGCAAAGGUCCGCAUGUCAAUCACAGGCACGCAGAAUGGAGACCGCGGCAUAGACCAUGGAGAGCGAGGAAGGCUCUAUAAUCCGGCGCCUAACCUAGGCCAAGUUGACGGCUUCGGAGAGUUCCCGGGAGUCAACACGCACACUCAAGUCUAAAACUUCCAAGUUUCUUUUGGCACGGUGUCACGCAAGAACGCUAAGUGCGCGUGCGCACAGAGCGAUUCCUGGACCGCGUUUUUGGCGCAAGUACCAUGAGACGGCGAAGAAAGAAAUCAAUUCGAGACGCCUGGACGGCCUCCGGCGUCAACGACGACGGGAGCAACUGUGCCGUGAAGCGACGUGGGCUGCGUCUUCGUCUCCGGGAUCCGUCAACGUUUGUGUGCGGGGGACCCUCUAGGAGCUCGUCGUGUAUGCGUGAAUGUGAAUGCUUUCUCUCGCGUUGGCCGUUGGGACCACUUAUAUUCCUCGGCGCUAAAAGAAACACCUGUUUGUUUGUUGUUUCCUGUUUCACGAUGGUCGCGAAGUGCUUAAGGGUUUUUUUUUUUUUUUUUUACUUCGCUUGUUCUUGCCUCAUUUUCGCUUGCACCCUCCUGUCCAUACAGUUUGAAUUUGAGCGUUGACCGCCAGUUCCCACCGCCACUUUCUUUUCCUUUCUUUCUUUUGUUCUUGCUUUCCUUUAUUAUUUCUAUUUCAUUUUAUUUGUUUAUAUGAGUCAGCGUUGGCAUUCUGCAAAUCAACAACAUUGAGGAAUCCACGAACAGCAUGAACUGUUCUACUUGUCUUGUUCCCACAAGCUGUCUCAGUUUCAAAUUGUUCUCCGGGAAUGAAAAUGCGAAGAAAAAAAGAUGUGGGUCGAAAUUUCAGUGUGCGCAAGCAAAUAGUUACAGUGUUUGAACAUUACGUGCACAGAGUUCGUAGGUUCUUACCAUGCAAGUUAAAAAAAACGAGAAAAGAAAACGAGUGCGCCUUUCUAUCGCGCUUAGGACGUCCAGGGUGUGUGAUUGACUUUGGCAGUUGAGAUAAUAAUGGUUGACAUAGGUGAAUUCCAGAAAGUAACACGAUAACGCGUCUUCGAACCCCUCCUGUUUGUUAGUUUCCAUCAGUCUGACAGGACGCAUCACCGCUUCGGCGGGUUUAUUCGCCGGAUGACGUCAUCACGCGCUUCGCGCCAUCAUAUUCACGCAAGCGCUCUUUGCAACAACAGAAAGACGCUCUUUUCUGUGUGUAGUCCUUCUUUAGUUGUCCCUUGUUUUUUGCGGCAUUUACAAUCAUGCUAUCCAAACAAACUCGCCCAGUUCUAUAUCUUGCCACACAAAAGGUCUGAUUUGUAAGAAGGCAGUUCGGUGAAGCUCUCACAUUUUUGAGAGGCCCUCUUCAGCUAACAAAGAAGUACUGACAUUUUUUUUCACUCUGUUGUUUUGUUUUUUCUAGCUUAAUUAGAGAGUUGAUGACAUCGUAACCGUGGUAUGGGAUCACGAUUUCUUAAGAGCGCAAUAAACAACGGAUUGCAUUUCUUUUGAUACGACUGGUUCAAAGCGAGCACCAAGUGAAUCGCAGCUUCGUGGCGUAAGCUACGCUAAGCAGUACUCCUUGUUACAUCACGGAAACCAAAUGUGGAGCUCUUCCUAAUUUACUCACAAGUAGUUAAAGCAGGCACAGGGUGCAAAACAUAUGUCAGUGGCAGAACCGCUAAGAGGAGGACAAGUAAUAGUAGCAAAAAAGGACAGUUAUUCGCAGCGUUCAAAAGAAUAACGGUUGCACGAGAGUGGUUGCCUGCCACGUGCACGGUCAUUCUACCCCGGGGUGGCAGAGGGCGGUGCGCGCAAUAUAAGUACCCGGAUCAGACCUACCGCAAAGCCAUAUACGCUGCUUCCUCUUUCACGGAGGUUCACAAGCACCCACUACAGGUUUUUUCUUACGUUAUUUCGUUCUUUUUUUUUUCUUUUUCAAGCGCAAAGUUUAUGCGUUCGCCGCGUCCAUAGUUCCAAUCGCCGCAUGAUACUUGUUACAAAUCCUUCGUGUUUUCUUUUUGUAUGUGUGUUUCUAUUUUAAUUUUUAAAGCAUGUUUGUUCGAAAACAAUGCAGGACUUAUGUACUAUAUUUCUCCAGAGAGUGUUGAGCGCUGUUGCAUCUACUUAUAUUUAGAGGUACGAAGGCAUCCCAACUGUCCGGCUCCCUGGAAAAAACGGUCUUCGCCAGUUAUGGAAAGCUCUACUUCUGGGUUGCGUCAAGUCGUCAUUAACAAGAUUAAUGACGACCUACGAAAAAAAAAUGUUGUGCGAGAAGAACUCCGCAAUGCGUGAUGUCUAAAUUAUGGGGUUUUACGUGCCAAAACCACCAUCUGAUUAUGAGGCACACCCGUAGUAGGGAACUCAGGAUUAAUUUAGACCACCUGGGAUUCUUUAACGUGCACUUAAAUCUAAGUAACACGGGUGUUUUCUGCAUUUCUCCCCCAUCGAAAUGCGGCCGUCGGGGCCGGGAUUUGAUCCCGCGACCUCGCGCUUAGCAGCCCAACACCACAACCACUAAGCAACCACGGUGGGUAAUGCGUGAUAUCUGAAGAUAACAUGCGUGUUCAAACUUAAAAAUAUACACUGUGCAGUAACUCCGAUAAUCACAAAAAUCUCGCGACGCACGCGAUCGACACCUACUCAAACUGAUAAGUCCCAAAGAAUUAGAUUCCAUCUUGCUGGUCGCAAAGUAUGCGUCACUCCAUUUCAUUUUACAUGAGGAUGUUCUUUUCGUUUUCUUUUCUUUUCUGUUCUUGCUCCUAAAUAGUAUACCGCAAAUACAAUACAUUUCCAAGAUAUUUCGUAGCGUCGUGUAAACCCCCGGUCAGCUCUAGAUUUGCAUUACAACUCCCGGAACAUUGAACUUUCUUUCAUCGUGCAUGGUCCCUAUCCACACCUGCCCCAUUGACCGCGCUUUUCUGCGCGACAAAAUUGUUUGUGAAUAUGCGUAAGAGAGGGAAAUGUAAGAAUACCCGCGCUUUUAUACGGCCGCUCUUGAUUGUCUGUACAGGCAUCAUGCAGCGCUUAGGACGUCGUCUCAACGUGCUCAUGUUUACUUCAACACAGAGCCAACUGGAACAAAUGUGUUUUUGUUACCCAUCUCGUCGGCGAGUUGCUCGCCUCCGUGGUUAACAAACGUAGCACACACUCUACUCACUCGCAAGGCUUAGCGUUUUGGUCGUUCGCGUUUGUAGGAUAGAAAGUGCGCGCAGCCUGCACUCUUAAAAGCCAUGGGUUGCUGGUAAGUCCUGUGGCGAGACUUGCUAAUUAUUUCAGUGCUGUCAACUUCUUUAAUCGGAAGUCACAUGCGUGGCGCAACAUCUGACUUCAUUUUUAAGAGUUUUCGACUCCCCAGCGGAGAUAUUUCACGCUGAAUAUGCCCAGUGGCGUUAACGUAUACUCUACCGGGAAGUCACGUGACCUCUCGAACAUGUUGAAGGCCUACUGACACAUAUUUAUCAAGUUGUGUGAACUUCCUCGCACGCAUUUCCCAAGUACGUAUAAAAUGGUGAAAUUUAACAAGUACAGAGGUUGGGAGACACUUAUAGGAUAUCUUAAUUUGACACUAAAAUCGUAUAUCGAAAUGCCGGACCCGGCGUCAUCGUCAAGACAGAGCAAAAUUCGCUGACAUCACGUACCAAUAAGGAUAGGUACGAUCAUAUCAUUCCAAAGUAAUAAUUAAACAAGGGUUAUGCACGCGCUUCUUCGCGUUUCGCUCGCUUCUAGCAGAUACAGCGAUCACAGGCAUGUAUACAGCCAGUGUAGCGUGACAUCUUGACCCACACACGUCCUGAAUACUGAAACAAACCGAAACUACACCCGUAUUCACAAAAAUCUCUUACGCUAGAAUCUUUCGUAAGAACAAAUUUCAGCCAAUGGUGAUGCUGGACAUAUUAUUGGGGAAGGCCGCAGCUCAAUAGCCAAUAACACUUACGUCUCAAUGAACUCAAAAGUCUCAGUGAACUCGGCCCCUGCUUCGUAAAAAGAGGUGUCAUAAUAAAUACUUCAAGAUGAUCUGGCUCUUCUUACCAGUACGUUUUCUAAAGUCCAGAGGGUUCGAACUUAAAUGCAAACAUAGGACAAGUUGAAAAAUCUCCUGUCCGUACUCUUUUAAACAUGGAACAAGCAGUUAGUCCCGCCAAAAGGCUUGCCCGCACUCCCUUGGUUCGUAGUGUGUACGCGAAACUUAAGUAUCGCAGAGCUUCUAUCACGUUGCGCUUUUGUGCUCGUGCGUGUGUGUGCGUGUAUGCGUGUAUGUUGUUACAAUAGCGAGUGUAUGCCACUAGUGUAAUAAUAAGCGUCUGUUUUUAACGUUGUUCAGUAACCAAAAGAAAACAUCGCGGUGCUUCGACAUGACACCAACAUAUCCUCCAAUGCACAGUGAACAAAAUAUUGUACAGUGAGUUCGUGAACUCUUGACCCUUCUCCGGCUGCCGUCGGAUGGCCCCGCGUGACCCCGACAAAAGCUUGUAGUGCAGACAAGGCCACCGUUGUAAAUACUACCAUCGCUGUUUUUCACGAGUUGUUGCCGUUGUACCCAGCCACCCAUUUUAACGUAGUGCCCACACGUUCUAUUCCUUGUAGAUAGUGUACGAUGUCACGUUGCCUUCGUGAAAGCUUCCCUCGCUGAUUCAUUUCCACUCACCCGAAGUGUUUGUUUACAAAAGGUUACGAGUAAUCGAAAGUGCUAAAAAAAUGCUAUAUAUACAACUCGCAUGCGGAAAGACCCAAACAAUGCAUGACAAAUCUUCCUUUCGACUUCACGUUUGUCAAGUCAGACCUUAAAUCAUGCGAACCAUUCAUUUAGCAGGGACUGUUAUAUUUGUGUGGCAAUGGUUCCAUUUACCUUCGCGCGAGUCCUUCCACGUGUUGUGUACCCUUGUGUGGAGCUCAAAUGUUUACCACAAGAUAUAACGUAAGAUUAACAAGUGGCGUUCUUCUUAUCAUGUUUACUUAGAUAGUGACUAGAAAAAACAAACAAGAAAAAAAAACGUACAGGUGAAACUUCUCGUCAUGUUGUGCAUGCCAAUCCAUGAUCCAUCUGUUUGUAACCAAACGUGAAAAGCGCUGUUGAAAAAUAAUUUCUUCUGAAUUUGCCCAGUUAAUCUAAUUUUAUGAGUCACUCGAAGCUCUGCAGUUAUGUACGUUACUCCCGGUUUUGUACGUGUUCGCGUGUGUUGCACAGUGGGACUAGGUUCUUUUUUUUUCACCCCAAUUAAGAAAUGAAUGUGUAAAGCCAAAGCAGCCACAUGAAAUGCAGGCACUCUCACACUGCUGAUAUAAAAAUAAGAGCGCAUUUGGCACGUAUGAAGGAGGUUGCAAUUCAUGAGGUUCAAGUAUGGUGUUUGCGGUUGUAUUUUACCUCUGAUCCAGUUGGGAAGACAAAAAGGCUCGUCAUGCACUAGAUUUUAGGAGACCUUAUAGGGUCGUGCUUAAGAAAUCAAGUGAGUAUAGGGUGAUCUCAGUGGCACGAGAUACGUUUUUCAAUCGAACACAACCCUGGCAAAAUCAUUGAAGGGCGCGGGCAGCUUGCUAUCGACAGCGAAUGAUUGGGGUCCACGGCGGCCAUGGAAGAAACAAAUUUAUUUGCCGAAAGAACAUGCACCCUAGAUUAUUUUCAAGAUAAUCUAGCGCUGCAUUGAAAUCUACGAGACAGGUUAUAGCGCUCGAGGCUGCUUCUUAGAGCGUACUCGAGACUGAGCAGACAACGCUUAGACGCGUGUGGAUGCGGAGUUUAGGGACACGCGCUUUCGCGUGUUUUCGCUCCUGAUUGGCUGGUGCUAACUCUAGCGCUUACUGAGUACUGAAUUAUUCUGAAACAAAGUAGACGUUACCCCCUCCUCCCAGCCUUUUUUUUUUUUUUUUCGCGGGUGCUAAUAUGACAAUUUUAGGCUCUGCGCUCAGGCCGGGAACAACUUUUGUUUCUGCUCGUUAGCGUGGUCCGUAAGCUUUUGCUCGUGAUAGUUACGCACAUGACAACUAUAACAGCGCACCCACAACCCUAAAACAGUUUUCCCGUGCAUACCGUACGCCGCGCGCUCACCGAUGCCAGGAGGCCGCACGUACUGUCCUCAAUUACCGCGUGCGUGAGGAAGGUGGGAGACCGCGCAAACAAGAGUGCGCCCAAUUUAGUUUUGGGUCUGCUCGCUCCACGUCGCACGCGAUAUGUGUGGACUAGUAUAUGACGUGCGGAAUACGGCUCGUGGCAACCUCGCGUUGUGCGAAAAGCACAGAAGCGACAUUUCCUAAAGCGUUACAAUAUGUUACCAAAAAAGUUUAUCUCCUAUAGAUGCGGCGGAGCCGUAGUCGCAAAAGUCAAGAUCAAAGCUACGGGAAAGUGGCAAGCGUCACCUGCGUCUGAACGCAGCGCAGACGCCGUCCACAGGAAUGGUUUAGAUAGGAAAACGGCAGACCAGGACAACCUGCGACUCCCGAACGUUGCCGUGUUUUGUGACUGCACUUGUGUGCUAUGUGGAUAAAUUUUGUGUUUAAGGCAUGACAUGUGUGGCGACGGUAUAGCUUCGCCACGCCAUCGUGGUUAAUAGGCGCGAAGCGAUCACCUUUAACAAACUUGGUAUCAGAUGUCGGGAGCGAAGGUGUUCAGCACCGGCGAUUCCAGCCCAGUACUCAAUGUCUUUUUUCUUCUUUUUUUUCUGAAAGAGUACAAACCGCAUAGAUGAUAAAUUGCACAUUACAUUUGACGAUGCUGAACCUUCUGUGAAAUGUUGUUCGAUCGUGAUUAGAGCACGCGACUCUUGCUCCAAGAGAAUCGUACAGCAAAUCCUCGAGGCUAACGAUAAAUCGACGUCGCGAAACAUUGUUCUGUACUAUUGUUGUGGUAAUAAAGAAAAAGUAAGAGAUAUACAAAGCCGGGGCAAACCGCGGACCAAUCUCGUCGAGGCAUUGUGAUGACAAGAAGCUGCCCCGCAAUGCAUGUCGGCAGCAGGUCUCGACACCUUGUGAACGCGAGUUUCCUUUGAGUCCACUUCAGUGGAGGUGCAGCGGCCAAUAAACUGUUAUUU